AUGGAGGAAAAAUUCAAGCCAAGCAUUGAUGGUCAGCAGAGAUUGAAUCCAUACAUGAAGGAAGUAGUUAGGGCUGAGGUAUUGAAGUUGCUCGACGCAGGCAUCAUCUAUCCAAUAUCAGAUAGUGCAUGGAUCAAUGCAGUUCAGGUUGUUCCCAAGAAAGGGGGUAUCACAGUGGUGGAAAACGAGAAAAAAGAGUUGAUUCCUACAAGAACAAUGUUGGAGAGACUAGCAGCACACUCGCAUUACUAUUUUCUGGAUGGGUACUCCGGGUAUAAUCAGAUUCUAGUAGCGCCUGACGAUCAGGAGAAGACAACUUUCACAUGUCCAUACGGUACCUUUGCAUACCGUAGGAUAUCUUUUGGUUUAUGCAAUGCUCCUGAAGGCAUCGUGCUAGGAUACAGAAUCUCAGCAAAGGGUAUUGAAGUGGACAGAGCAAAGAUUCAGGUGAUCGAAAAAUUACAACCACCUACAUCAGUGAAAGGUGUUUGUAGCUUCCUCAGGGAUAAGAAGGGCAAUGAAAACGUGGUGGCAGACCACUUGUCUCGAGUCGAGACCACAGAGCUGACAGAGAUCGUGGAAAUCAAUGAAGUCUUCCCAGAUGAACAAAAUUUUGGUGUGGGAGAGGCACCUUGGUAUGCUGACAUAGUUAACUACUUAGCUAGGUCUAUCAUUCCGUCAGAUUACUUAAGUCACGAGAAGAAGAAAUUUUUCGCUGAAUUGAAGUAUUAUUUUUUUGGAGGACCCCAGUCUAUACAGGCGAGAGCUGAUCAAAUUGUUUGUCGAUGCGUACCUGAAGUAGAAGUGCCCUUAAUAUUAGAACAUUCUCAUUCAUCUACAUACGCAGGGCAGUUUGGUGCUUCAAAAACAGCGGCGAAGAUCCUUCAAUCAGGUUUUUACUAG